UGAAAAUGGGUUUAUUGUUUUUCUCUUUUUGUUAUACUCUGUGGUCUGAUACUGGACAGUCUAUUGCUAAAAGCCACUAGAGAUCUUACGAAGGUUAUUGUUUCAGUUUCAAGAUUGGGAGUUUAGAAUAGAGUUGGGUAGAUUAAAAUAAUGAUUUAACUAAUGUAAAUAGCAUUUUCUGGUAAUUCGUAACUUCAGAGACGCUUUUUCCACUUUGGAAUAUUUUAUGUGAGACACACUGGGGACUGCCUAACUGCUAUUAGAUCUCAUAAUGUUAUCUGGUCACAUUUCCUGUUCUGCCUACCUCUAGUUUACUCUAGUUUCUCUUCUGCUUUCAAGGCUCCAGACCCAGUUCCUGGACCUGCCCUGGAAAAGAAGUAUCCAGUAGAGAUGAGCUCACUGCAGUUACUUAAUUAAACAUUUGUAAGCUGCAAAAAUGGCAAUGGGCCAACCAAGAACAGCUACAAUUUGAAUUUUUCUAUUUCCAGGAAUGUUGUGAGAAGUAACUGAAAUAAUAUGUCAAUCAUUUAGCACAGGACCGGUCUACAAAAAUGCUUGGACAGAAGAGAUGAGUUCUAUUUCCACUAAGGCCUAGAAUUGCCUACUGUACAAAUAGUCCUGAUCAGGCAAUAUACGAAUGGCCCAAGGAAGCCACCAAAUUGAUUUUCAGGUUUUGCAUGACCUGCGACAAAAAUUCCCUGAAGUACCUGAAGUUGUUGUAUCCAGGUGCAUGUUACAGGAGAAUUCCAGAUCUUCAUGUGAAAGCGAGAAAGUCAUUAAAUAGGAGUCAGGACUUUUGGGUUCUAAUCCUAAAUAGGCAUCUCAAGCGUAUUUGGCAAAAUAAUAAUAACCUGGAUGCUUGCUGUGCAGUUCUCUCUCAGGAGAGCACAAGGUAUCUUUAUGGUGAAGGAGACUUGAAUUUUUCGGAUGAUUCUGGAAUUUCGGGUCUGCGCAAUCACAUGACUUCUCUCAACUUGGACUUGCAGUCCCAGAACGUUUACCACCAUGGGAGAGAAGGAAAUAGAAUGAACGGAAGUAGGACUCUGACGCACAGCAUUAGUGAUGGGCAGCUUCAAGGUGGCCAGUCCAAUAAUGAACUCUUUCAGCAGGAGCCACAGACCGCACCAGCUCAAGUUCCUCAAGGCUUUAACGUUUUUGGAAUAUCCAGCACAUCUGGUGCUUCAAAUUCGGCACCACAUCUUGGAUUUCACUUAGGCAGCAAAGGAACAUCUAACCUUUCUCAACAUACUCCCAGAUUUAAUCCCAUUAUGGUAACUUUAGCCCCAAAUAUCCAGACUGGUCGUAAUACUCCUACAUCUUUGCAUAUACAUGGUGUACCUCCACCGGUACUUAACAGUCCACAGGGAAAUUCUAUCUAUAUUAGGCCUUACAUUACAACUCCUAGUGGUACAACGCGGCAGACACAACAGCAUUCUGGCUGGGUGUCCCAGUUUAAUCCCAUGAACUCUCAGCAAGUCUAUCAGCCUUCACAGCCUGGUCCCUGGACUACUUAUCCUGCAUCUAACCCUCUGUCACAUACCUCAGCCCAGCAGCCAAAUCAGCAAGGCCACCAGACCUCCCACGUCUACAUGCCCAUCAGUUCACCUACUACCCCACAACCACCAACAAUUCAUUCAUCUGGUAGCUCACAGUCUUCUGCCCACAGCCAAUAUAACAUUCAGAAUAUUUCAACAGGAUCUCGAAAAAACCAGAUUGAAAUCAAACUUGAACCUCCACAAAGGAACAACUCUUCAAAAUUACGUUCUUCUGGACCUCGAACCUCCAGCAGUUCCUCUUCUGUCAACAGCCAGACUUUAAAUAGAAAUCAGCCCACUGUUUACUUUGCCGCCAGUCCUCCAAAUACUGACGAGGUGAUGUCCCGCAGUCAGUCUAAGGUCUAUAUUUCAGCUAAUGCCGCCACAGGAGAUGAGCAGGUCAUCCGGAAUCAGCCUACCCUCGUCAUAUCCACAAACUCCGGAGCAGCUGCCGCCUCCAGGAAUAUGUCUGGGCAAGUGAGCAUGGGUCCUGCCUUUAUUCAUCACCACCCUCCCAAAAGUCGAGCAAUAGGCAAUAACUCCGCAACUUCUCCUCGAGUGGUGGUCACUCAGCCCAAUACAAAAUAUACAUUCAAAAUUACAGUUUCCCCCAAUAAACCCCCUGCUGUUUCACCAGGGGUUGUGUCCCCUACCUUUGAACUUACAAACCUUCUAAACCAUCCUGAUCAUUAUGUAGAAACAGAGAACAUUCAACACCUCACGGACCCUACUUUAGCACAUGUGGAUAGAAUAAGUGAAGCACGGAAGUUGAGUAUGGGAUCUGACGAUGCUGCCUACACACAAGCUCUGUUGGUACACCAGAAGGCCAGAAUGGAACGACUUCAAAGAGAACUUGAGAUUCAAAAGAAAAAGCUGGAUAAACUAAAAUCUGAGGUCAAUGAAAUGGAAAAUAAUCUAACUCGAAGGCGUCUGAAAAGAUCGAAUUCCAUAUCCCAAAUACCUUCACUGGAAGAAAUGCAGCAGUUGAGAAGUUGUAAUAGACAACUCCAGAUUGACAUUGACUGCUUAACCAAAGAAAUUGAUCUUUUUCAAGCCCGAGGGCCACAUUUUAAUCCCAGCGCAAUUCAUAACUUUUAUGACAAUAUUGGAUUUGUAGGUCCUGUACCACCAAAACCCAAAGAUCAGAGGUCCACCAUCAAAACACCAAAGACUCAAGAUACAGAAGAUGAUGAGGGGGCUCAGUGGAAUUGUACUGCCUGUACUUUCUUGAACCAUCCCGCCUUAAUCCGCUGUGAACAGUGUGAGAUGCCAAGGCAUUUCUGAGCCAGACGGCCUGUAUCUUCUCCAGAACCGUAUCUGAAGUUCAAGAAACCAGUCUGCCAUCAGGGGAAAAGUUUCACUGCUACAUAGGAUUUUGUCAAACGGAAGGUGUGACAAGAUGGUGUUGUGCUAAUGUUAAAUGUCAGCCCACGGAGCUAAUAAUACCUCAGUCUAAUGUCAUGGGCAGUUGAAAUCCAUCACAUGAAAGGUAAUCUGCUGAAAGACUUGGUUGCCCGCUGCCUAACCACGUUCAGUGUUACCAGUAGCCCAUUACAGAUAAUUUUCAAUGUGUUAUUAAUGCCUAGGUGUUCCCAUACCUUUUCCCCUCAUGUCACUACUGAAUUUUGACAGGAGGAAGGAAUAAAAUGAUGGCUUUUUUUUUUUUAAAGCUUUCAGUGAAACACUACAAACAUGAAGAAAUGGAACAAGGUUUAACUAUUUAAAAACUUUGCUGCCGCAUAGUGCCAAUGGAUAGGGGAAGAACUUCACAAAUCUGUGGUACUCUUGGCCUUGUCUUUGUCUUCCCUGAAAACGUCUCCACUCUGAAGCCAGCAUCUAGGUCUAAAGGUGAAAAGGAAGCAGCAUGCAUUGUCUGUACAAACACGCAGUGAAGUAUCCCAGAGCUUUUCCUACUGUACAGGUCUCUGAGUCUGCUUUAAGCGAUUUCUCUUCUCCUUUAUUAUUUUCUUAUAUUUCUAUAUGUAUAGUGUAAUAGUCUUUUGUUAACUAAUUUUCUUGUUUCCUUUUAGUGAUUAAGCACGAUCAUGUCCCUUUCUAAGCCUUACCCAAAAGAAGCAAUGCCUUAAAAUAAAGAAGCAUUAAUGAAAUGAAACUAUGCACAAAAUAACUUUCCUCUACUUAUUCUGUACUUUGCCCUCCUGAGUGCCGACUCUGUGAAGACAUCCCAAUGCUGCGCAGAAUUACAAGACUUCUGUCUGUAGGUCACACUAUGUCCUGCCUUUAGCAGUGGGUGACACAGCACAGUGUUUUAUCUUCCCCAGGGAAGUGUAAAACGAAAGGUUUCUAACCCACUGACAGAGCAACAAGGUUCAACUUCCUCAUCUGCCCGGUGUCCCACAGAACUUUCACAAGGGAUUACUGUUGGGAAAGUACAGUUUCAAAACCAGCAACAACAGCAGUACCUACAGCCCUUUUUUUUUUUUUUUUUUUUUUUGAGAGAGAGAGAGAGAGAAAGAAGUUUAAAUGCUUUACUGUUGGGGCAGUUCAUUUCUAAACCUGACUUGGUGGCAGUAUCGUGUGUAUUUAUAAAACAAGGCUAGUCAUAUUUAGGACAACUGAAGAAAAGCUGGAAAAAAAAACAAGCAAACUUGAACACUGAAGCAACCUCAAGCAUCUCUUUAUUUUGAUGAUAUAUUUUUAUAAGGAAAAUAAAUAUUCAAAUGAUCAGGAAUGUAUAUAACUAAAUAAAAUCAAGAAAAAAAUAACAGUAUGCAUUUAAAAAGACAAUUAUGAAAUUAUAUAUCAGUGCUUAGAAUGGGGCUAACAAGUGCUGAAAUGUAGCAAAAGAUAGGAGGUAAUGUAGACUGUCACCCACUGUAAAUGUUUGCAAAUGGAUAUUUUUAAAUAAACAGGAUUAUUAUAGGUGAUCUAUAUGAAUGUCAAAGCCUUGACUUCCAGGCUUUGCGCUGUGUAUAUGAAAAGAAAUAUGACAAUCAUAGUUAAUUAGACAGUAGACCCAAAGCCCUUACAUUUGGUGCAUUUUGCUUUAAAAAUAGGCCUUGUUUUUCAGCUUCAUCUGCAGUUCUAUGUGAAGAUUGAUAAAUCAGUUUUUACUUGUUUUAUUAAUAAAACGUAAUUUGGAUAUCUUGAGUGGAUGGUUUUGUGAUUUAGCUGGGUAAACUAUCUUUGUAACAGAUAAGUUAUUUAUAAAAAUUAAAAAACUUAUAUUCUAA